AUGAGCCAGACAUUACCCAGUAACCCCAUUGAUAUAGUUUCAGCGAUUGUGGAAAUCAAUGACCAUCAAAACAGCACAUUUGAAAAAGAGAUUGACGAGUCAGAAAAUAUUGAGCUGCAGUUUCAGCGCUUUUCAGCAUCGGUUAGAGCCGACAAAUCGAUUUUUCAUACACGCCCAACUAAACCAUUGCUGCCACCAUUAUCUGAAAAACUAGACUAUGCAAAUACUGUUUCAAACCAGUCUGAAAAUGAGGCAUCAGUCAAAUACAGGCAAAUGUUUUUCAAUGCGACAGACUAUGUUGGCCUAUUUGUCGUAAACCGACCGACGCAAACCACUGAAACUGGUGUUGAAACAAUUCGAGAUACUGAACACAAGUUCCAAGAUUUAUUUUCGGAUAUCGAAGAUGCAAGACAAUUUUUAAAAGAUACACUUGAGAAUGAUUUGGGUUUGAUUGGCAACGCUCUAUCCAAAUAUAUGCAGCACAGACUUGAGCUACUGCAGAAAACUCACGAACAAAAUGUAUCUCAUGUGAGGAGAGCAUAUCGAGCCAAACUUGCUGACCAUAUAGCAAGAAUUACCUUUGAUGUCCAGAAAGAAAGAGAGGGUCGACUGCAAAAAAUCAAAUACAAUCAUGAGCAACAGAUUAUGGCUCUUGAAAAUGCAAUUGCAGAUGGAAAAGGGUUAUUUCGACAUGCCGAUGCAAACAUACUUAAAUUGCGCGAUCAUGUACCCAGACUUCAAUUAUUGAUGAAGCGACACGGGAUUAUUGAUAUAGAGACGGGAGUAGUCGUGCUCCAUGUUAUUGACGAUCAACGGGUCAGACAAAGCGAGCUAUUAGAACAUUAUCAAAAAGUCUUGCAGGCCCGUGACAACAAAAUUAAACACCUUCGCGAACAGCUCAAGAAACUGCAAGGAGAGCUAGCUUACAAGAACGAAAUCAAAACCAUUUGCUUGGAAAAGCUAAACAAAAGUGUCAAUGCCGAAUUUUCUGAAGUAGAUUUAUUCGAUAACAAUGUUGGUAAUCAAAAAAGUUCAGCAUCUAAGCCAUCUAAACCUAGCGCUCGAACACCACAAAUAUCUAGCGCCGCAACAUUAGGCAACGGUCAAGCUAAACGAUCUGGCUUGACGGAAUCCCAGCAAAAUUCUUAUCGUUCAAAUUUUGAACAGAAUAGCAAAUAUCUUGCCAAAACAUACUCUCGAGCAGCGACAGCUUUGUCUUUAAUGGGCGACGGAAAUUUAUCGGAAAUUAUGUUUAGCGACAGUUAUGAUUUUCAAACAUCCAACCACAUGAGCCAGAUCGAUCAAGUGCACCAAUUGUUUGAAUCCAAAAUCAUUCAAAUGAACGAAGCCCAUUUGGCUAAAGUAGCAUCCAUUACCAAAUCUACAGAAGAAAUUGAAAAUGCACUUUGCUCAAAGUUUUACUCUAUUCAAGAAGCUAACCUAAAAGCAAACAGUGUGUUGAACCAAUCAGGAAAAACACGGUUUGUUAUAUCUGAAACAGCCAAGUUGCUGUUUCCACUAAAAACAAAGUUUGGAAUCCCAACGGCUACUCAAUGCGAUCGUGAUACCGAGGAUCCAUUUGUACCCAUGGUUUAAAAUCAUUGAAAAUAAAAACCAUUCAAGUUUU